AUGGCCGAGAAUGUCAGGACGUAUCUAAGAAUCAAGCCGCAGGCGAUUCCAGAUGGCAUUACUGCAACUCGAGACACAAUAAAGAUAGAUGGGAGCGAGUUUUGCUUUGAUAGGAUUUUUAGGAAUUCAACGCAGCAAGAGGUUUUCCAGGAAAUUUCGAAAAGCUUGCUUGUAGAGUGCAUGCAGGGAUACAACUGCACGUUGUUUGCAUAUGGGCAGACAGGAAGCGGAAAGACAUACACCAUCCAGGGAAAUGAUCACAACAUGGGGAUAGUGCAACGAUCGCUGGACUUUCUACACAGACACACAGGGCUUAAGGUGUCGCUAUCUUUUGUUGAGAUAUACAAUGAGAUGAUGCUUGACCUGCUUGAUCCAAAUGCCACGCUAUCAAUAAGGGAGGAUCCAUGUGCUGGGGUUGUUGUUGACAACCUGACUGUUGUGGAGUCAAGCAGCUAUGACGAAAGUAUGGAACUGUACAUGCGCGGGCUGAAGAUAAGGAAGAUUUCGUCGACGGCGAUGAAUAAGGAAAGCAGCAGGAGCCACUGUGUUCUGAUGGUGUAUCUCUGUAAUGAGUGUGAUAUUGUGCACAGGGCGUCGAGGCUGUGCUUUGUUGAUCUUGCAGGGUCUGAGAGGCUGCGGGAAAGGGAGAUUGAAGAGUUGCGGAUGAAGGAGGCGAUGAACAUCAACAAGUCGUUGCUGUGUCUUGGAAAGGUAAUAAACAAGCUGAGUGGCGAUGCAGACGGGCAUAUAGGAUACAGAGAGUCGAAGCUUACGUUUCUUCUGAAAGACUCACUUGGUGGAAACUGCAAGUUGACUGUUAUUGGGAAUGUUUCUCUGGAGAAUAGAAGCGAUAGUGUUGGAACGAUGAACUUUCUUCGAAGGUCUCGAAUGAUUAAGAACCCAGCAACUGUGAACUCUGAUGUAAAUGGAGAGCUGGAGGAUGUAAAAAGUAAGCUGAAGGAGCUGGAUGUGGAGAACCAGAGCCUGAAGGCACAGAUAGCGUUGAUGGAUAUUCGGCCAUGCUCGAUGCCAGCUGGAAUGCUGAAUCUGCAGUAUGAGGUAAAUGAGAUGAGCAAGGUUGUUGAUGAUGCAAUACGUGAUCUGGUGUGUCUGGAGCGAGAGGUGGGCAAGAUAUCUCAGCAUGACUUUGAUGUGAAUAGAAAGCUUCUGCUUGAUAUACACGAAUACUUUGUAAGCAUGUCAGACAGCAGGAGACGCCAGGCUGGGCUGAUGAUGAAGCGGAAAGGAGCUGAUGAGGACUAA